GAGUGGGGUAGAACCAAGAGGGAUCGCAUAGCUGCGUUUCGAUUAAUGAUAUCACAGCGGAUAAUAAUACGUGUGUUGAAUAUGACUUCUCAUGCGGAAUAGGGGCUGUUCUGCUUUCGCCAUUGUUUCCGCUAGGAUUUAGAGAUGGUUCUUGAUUGGGGAGCGUCAUCCAGGCAAGUUGCGAACCAGAGUAAUCUACUCACCUUGUCGCCACCUCCUGGUUUAGAUGGAGUUGUGGAGUAUCAUUCGCAUCCCACACUAUGGAUUAACCCGUAGUAGUCGAUCAAGUAGGCGUCGUCCAUCCGCUCGUAAGGAUGGCCGUCUGCGGUUGCAGUGUCUCUACAAUAUCUUCGAAUCUCCUCCCUCAGCACCCCCCUUGUUGCGUGCGCAGGCUUUGUCGAACACGGUGCUCACGCCUUGCAUCGGUUUUCCAUUGCAAGUUGUUGUUUUGUCCGUAUGUUAUGCACACGUCUUGUGCCAUGUUUCUCCAUGGUGCUCCCACACCGCAGCGUCCUCAUCAUUGUUGUUUUGACCAUAUGGAGCGGUUCUUGGUCGGAGGGAUGCUGAACGAAUGCGCAGUCUACGGCCCGCAUUGCGUGCUUGUUGUUGCCAGCCGUUCCCCCAUCUGAUGUGCCUGUGUUGCUUUCUUCUCCAUCAGAUCCUCUUCAUCCUCGUUUGGGUCGGGCAUGCCAUUCCACUCCUGCUCUGUUGUACGCUUCCGAUGUGGCUUUACUAGGUGUGCAGUGCAUGUGGCGUGCCAUGAUGCAAUCCCGACUCGCAUGCGAGUGAGAGUGAGUUGCGUUCGUAUGCGCGCAUGUUGCCGCGUUUCGCUGCCACGGGUGAUCGCGCUAUUGCAUGCGUGCGCACCCCUUGCCGCACGUACGUGUAGUCUUUUUUGGAGUUGCUUGGUCGUGCGGUGCUGUCGAUAACAGUGCAAGCUUCACAUCCUCAGAGUAUCCUUCAGCGCUACCCCAGUAGCGGGUUUGGAGUCGAAGGUGCAUGCGAGGUUUUCUGGCCUGAUUUCGAAAUUGAGUGACUGCAUUUGUGCAACGUGAAUUGCGUGCGGUUCUUUUGUGCGGCAUUGAACCAUGUGUCUUGUGUGGUGCAGGUGCCUCUGCGACACUACUACAAGUCGGGCGACUUCAAGGAGCAUGUCAGCACAGCCCCGCUCGGCAUGAGCGGGCGGCUGGCCAGCAGCUUCGCCGAGUUGCUCAGGCUAAUGUGGGCUGGAACGCACACGGUGCUGUUUCCCAGUGAGUUGAAGCAGCUCAUCGCAGAGAGGCGGCCCGAGUUCGGGGGCUACCAGCAGCACGACGCCCAGGAGGUGUUGACGUUCUUGUUGGAUGGGCUCCACGAGGAUGUGAACAAGGCCCCGUACCCGCGGCCCAUCGUGGAGGAUCCUUCCACGAACGACAAGAGCGACGUGCAGAUAGCAACGGAGGCAUGGUCGGGCAACCUGCAGAGGAACAACUCGAAAAUCGUUGACAUUUUCCAGUUCCAGGUGCGCUCGGAGGUGCAGUUUCCCGACGCCGACGACAGGUCGCUCAAGUUCGAGCCCAUGAUGUACCUCACCCUCCCCGUCCCGAAGCCGCCGCACAAGAUGACCGUGACGGUUUUGCCGCUUGAGUACCCAGAAAAGCCACCUGCUCGGCGCACUGUGCAGAUUGCCAAGGACCGUACGUUUGCAGAUUUGGCGGACAAGUUGUACGAAGGCGAACCCACCGCGUCUUCGAGCUCGUCCUUCCCACGGCAGUCGAGGAGAGUCGUAUUUGGAGAGCUCGUCUUUAAUCGGCUGACGAAGCUGAUGUCCAACGACCAGAGGCUAGAGGAGGUGCGCUCCUACCAGGAUAUAUGGGCGUUCGAGGUAGCUGUCGGGGACGCUCUGACUUCUCGAGAGCCCGAUGAGGUCAUCGAGUUCGGGGUGGCACACCGCCGAAAACGGAACAGGGCUAGCUGCUCUGGGGCUCACGAGUACUACACGUGCUUCGCCCCUCCGCUGAUCUUCCCCUUCGUGCGCGGUGCUACGACGUCCACGGAAGUCGCCGCUCUGGCGCGGCGCGCUGUGGAGCGGAUAACCCCUCACGGGAACGUGCAGGUCUUGCUCACGACCGCGGGUAGCUCCGACUGCUCGGAGGGAUCCAAGCUGGUGGAGACCGACGAGCCUUACAGGGCCGUUGAUGGAGAGGUGUUAUGCAUAAACGUGCUGCCUCUGACGGACGACGGUCAGAACGCUCUGGAGGCCUCGGACCUCUCCGUCCCGGACGUCGUGACAGAGGCCGCGGGCUGCGCCGGCCCGGCCCCCGCCUUCCGGGCGAGCCUCCAGGACUGCCUGGAGGCGUUUACUCGACGGGAGGAACUAGCAGAGGAGGAUCGAGUGAGGUGCGAGAAGACCGGCAACGUCGAGAGGUCGCUGAAGAAGCUGGACUUGUGGACUGCGCCGGAGUGCCUCAUCAUCCACCUCAAGAGGUUUGGCUCCGAUCAGGCAUAUGGUCCAUUGGAGAAGGUGGACACUUUCGUGGACGCGCCGUUGGAUCUGGAUUUGACUCCGUGGGUGCUCGGCCCGUCGGACGAGAAGCAGUUCCAGUACAGAUUGUACGCCGUGGUGAACCAUUCCGGCACUCUUCGCUACGGGCACUACACUGCGUAUGGUCGUGUCGGCGAAGGGCCCGACAGGCAGUGGUUUCACUUCAACGACUCUUCUGUCACGAAAGCGGACGAGUCGAAGGUGGUGUCCCAGGAGGCAUACAUCCUAUUCUACGAGAGGCGGCUGUUGGUGCACGUGCACGUCGGAGACGAGCAUCCAGGGAUGCAUGAGUAG